GGAGGCCGAGGGAGAGCAAAAAGGAGGCGGUGAGCCUUUGUAGUCGGGGAGGAAUGCGGAAAUGUCCCCGCUCCGUGUCAAACCUCUCUGAAGGGGGUCAGGCCACAUUCAGCCGGCGUGGGAAAGCCAGGCAGAGACGGAGCUCACACAGGCGGAGCGGGGCUGCAGUUGCAUAGGCCUAUCCGGGGAUAUAUGGAAGAAAAAAAGAAGGGGAGAGAAAGGAGAAAAUCCAAAGAAGAGCGUGGUUUUGGAGGGCUGUAUCACGCGUUUGCCUUUGUCCUAUGACCCCCCCAUCAUCUACGCCCCCUUCCCCUCCACCACCUCCCACACACGCACACACACAGUUGCAGUGAGAGUGCGUGUGAGUGAGUUUUCGUGCAACACACCACCACCACCACCACCACCUCCUCCUUCUCCUCCUCCUCCCUUGUUUGAGUGUCUCUGCUUGGGCUGGUGCAGUCUGAGGGAUGGGGGAUUAGAGCCUGCACCGUCCAACUACCUGUGUGGCCCCCGCAUGGAGGACAGUGGACAGGGAUGCGUUUGAUGCAGGACAUUUUAUCCGAGACGCGAAUGCCUCCUCAGCAUUGUAUCGGACAUGCCGACGUUGCGACAUUUUAUUGACAACAUUAACCAAGGCAUUGCAUGUGCCAACUUUUUUCUGUGAAUAUGCCUUUGUGAGAAACUCUCUGGCUCGUCACCCUCGCCGGGAUUCCCCGCAAUAUUUUCAACAAGAGAGGAGGAAAAAAAAAAGUUCUGCAAAAAUGGACAAAGAAAGUACUGGUACUCAAUAUGAGCCUGUGGCCGAGAUUGGAGAAGGCGCUUAUGGGAAAGUGUACAAGGCGAGAGAUUUGAAGAACGGGGGACGCUUUGUAGCCCUAAAAAGAGUUCGUGUCCAGACGGAGGAAGAGGGGAUGCCUCUCUCCACCAUCCGGGAGGUGGCGGUACUGAGGCAGCUUGAAGCCUUUGAGCACCCCAAUGUUGUCAGGUUGUUUGAUGUGUGUACAGUCUCUCGGACUGACCGGGAAACCAAGCUCACUCUGGUGUUUGAGCACGUGGAUCAGGACCUGACCACCUACCUGGAGAAGGCCCCUGACCCCGGAGUACCACCCGAGACCAUCAAGGAUAUGAUGUACCAGCUGCUCCAGGGGCUGGACUUCCUGCACUCGCACCGCGUGGUUCACCGUGACCUGAAGCCCCAGAACAUCCUGGUCACCAGCGGAGGACAGAUCAAACUGGCCGACUUUGGUCUCGCCCGCAUCUACAGCUUCCAGAUGGCACUCACCUCUGUGGUGGUGACACUGUGGUACAGAGCCCCUGAGGUGCUACUCCAGUCCAGUUACGCCACGCCGGUGGACCUGUGGAGUGUCGGCUGCAUCUUCGCUGAGAUGUUCAGGAGAAGACCGCUAUUUCGAGGAAACUCAGAUGUUGAUCAGCUGGGAAAGAUUUUUGAUGUUGUUGGGGUACCUUCAGCAGAGGACUGGCCCCAGGAAGUGGCCCUACCACAGAGUGCCUUCACCCCCCGGCCCCCUAAGCCAAUAGAGGACUUGGUUCCAGACAUGGACGAGCAAGGACGGACCCUCUUAAUGCAAUUCCUCGCCUUCAACCCCUCCAGAAGGAUAUCGGCUUUUGCUGCACUCAGCCACCCCUACUUUCAGAGUGUGGACAGCCACAGUAGAAGUGUGUACGCAGCCCAGCCCAUCCCCAGCAACAAGCCCACUAUGGAGGAGAGGACUGCCUGACAGCCCUCCUUCCCACCUAAUCAUCCUGUACAGUGUCUAUAAAAAGUAUUCUGUGUACCCCGCCUUGGUGUUUUUCAUGUUUUGUAGGUUUUUUUUAAAUUAAAGUGUGUUAAAGGGACAGUUCACCCCCAAAUGAAAAAUACAAAUUUUCCUCUUACCUGUAGUGCUAUUUAUCAAUAUAUAUUGUGUUGAUGUGAGCUGCUGAGUGUCGAGAUGUCAGCCAUAGAGAAGUCUGCCUUCUCUUCAAUAUAAAGGAACUAGAUGGCACUCAGCUUGUGGUGCUUAAAGUGCCAAAAAAUACAUUUCUCUAUCCAGAAAUCAUGACCCGGUUGCACAAGAUAAUCUUCAUGUGAGAACUAUUUUCUGUUUACUAAACUUAACCGGCCAACCACGCAGAAGGAAGCGUGCAUCUAUCAUCCACUGAGCUAGCUAACGUUACAGCUCAGCCAAGGAGGACAGCAUUAAUGUUUACAUCUCACACUGUCAGGAGCACAAGCCUCUCGUCCAUGAGUAGAUGCACUCUUCCUUCUGCGCUGUGAUACAGUUUGCAGGUGUAGUGUGGUAGAAGGAAAAAUGUUCCUCCAUGAACCUGCUCACAACGUCUGUGGAUUAUCUUGAGUAACUGGAUCAUGACUUAUUGAAAGAGACGCAGUUUUCUGGUGCUUUAAGCACCACAUGCCGAGUGCCAUCUUGUUCCAUUAUAUCGGAGAGAAGGCAGACGUCUCCAUGGCUGAUAUAUCUACCACUUGGUAACUCACACCAAAGCAGUUUAGCUUGAUAAAUAGCACUACAGGUAAGAGCAAAGAACGUAUUUGGAUCUUGCAGGUGAGCUGCCCCUUUAAUAAAGCUCUUUUGACACUGAUAUGCAGAUAUAUCUUAAACAAGUAAAAAAUAAUUAUGUACAAAAAGAUGUUAUUUAGGUACAAGUAUAGAACAGAUUUAUAUGGCGGCAUGUAGAGGCACCUUUGGCGUCAUUUACAGCCUUGAGCUUACAUGAUUGCAUCGUUCUUCAUUCUGCAAAAGCUCGGUCAGGCUUCAUGGUGAGCGUGACAGAAUCUGCUGUAGAAAACUGCUGUUCAGUCUGGGUUGUGAUUUGGCCACUUGAGUGUGCAGAUUUAGGGUUAAGUUUGCGGGUUUCUGUUGCUCUCCUAACAUGGUGGCAGGUUUUUCUUGAAGAUUCUUAUGUGUUAUGCAUGAUGCUAUCAACGCCAGGCUUUGCAUAGCAUUUAGUUUGUUGGUCAAAAAGCUUGAUUUUGGUGUCAUCCCACCAUGAAGCCUUCUUUAACUCCCAUGUGCCUCUGGGCAAAUGCAAGCAGAAAUGUCACGGGAUUUUCCAACAGUGGCUUUCUCUUUGCCGGUUGACUGUGAAGCUAGAAAUGCACCCAAGCUGCAGUUGCUGUAGGCUCAAACUCCGCCAUCUCAGUUAGGGAACCUUGUUCCUCCGUCACUAUCGACUUCAUUGUGGCCUUAUUGCCUUUGUACACACAACCUUUACACAGAUUUGUAUGCUCUACUCAAGUGCCUUCAUACUUAACCAGCAUUCUUCCAGCAUUGGGUCUUUUCAAUAACCGUGUUGAUAUUGCCUCUCGUUCUUUUUAACGUUUUUUUUUUUGGUAAUCAGUGUCAAAAAAGCUUUAUCAACCAUGAUUUUGUGAUGUACAAAAAAUGAAACGGACCAAGGGGGCAAAUACUUUUUUAUAGUCAAUGUACAAAGCGCCAGGAAAGCACUCCCUAUAGAGAGGGUAAAGAUAGUGUCCAAAAAAAAAGAUGACACCAGCACUCUCAGCCCCUGAAAAAAAUGCACAGAAGCUAUCGUCCUUCCAUGAACUGAUGGAUUGUAAUUGCUGCUUUUAGAUUGUUAAAUGUUGAUGAUUGACUGUGUUAACAAUGCAAAGAGACUUGCAUCUCAGAUUGACUGGUAGAAAUGGGCAAGCGGGACUGUGGAGGCCAUGAAGCAGAGGCCUCCUUAUGACCAGUGUUUCCCCCUCACAUAAGCCCUCUUGACCGGGGGGCCGGACCACACAGGAGCCUGGAUGGACAGCGUGGAUCUCACCUGCCUUUACGCUCACUGUGGGUGUGUGCAGUGAGCAGAUACACAGUACAAGCACGCUCACACCAUUUAGUGUGUGCACUACCACUGACAUUAGCACACUCAUGUACACACCUACUUAUUGAAACAUUAUUGGGCAUCACAAGUAACGCCUCUCACUGCCAUGUUGUCUUUAUCAUUCCAAUCCUACAUGUAUAAUAGUACUGCCACCUUGAGGAUGUCCAGAGUAACUGCAGACCAGUAGCGGGAUUCUAAUGGUUUCUGCUCUCUUCAAGGAACUCAACAUAACUGGGCUGAUAUGCUGAGACAAUGAUGAAAGAAGCUAAUGGAAAGGUUGCUGCCACUCUAGUCUGCCGUCAUGGGCUUUUAUCAUUAUAAUAUACAAUUAUUAUGUACUAUCUGAAUGAUACAGUAAUGCACAGGCUUGCAAUAGGUGGAGAAAGUCCCACCAGCACUAUUCAACACGAAUACAUUCGGCACAGAAAAGUGUCGCCAAUGCUCUGUAUUUAAUUUUAAUUUUAUUGACAAGUCUUAUAUGCUUGUUUUCAUCAAGUUGUUACUUGAUUAUUUUUUUAAGAUGCUGGGGCAUACAAUAUUCUUACACCAAUUACACCAACUCUUUAGAUGAUUAUAGAAUUUGUGUAAGAAUAGUUUGACAAUGUAAGGAAUGUAUAAAGGAUAGGCAUUGGUACUGUACAGUAUAGAGUGCUACAUACAAGCUGUAAGGAUAGAAAACUUGAUACGUGCAUCGUCAGCCCAUAGAUAUGUUGUCAAAUGGAUAGAUGUAGAGUAGCGAGGGUCAGCGGAAUGUUGUUUGGCAAGAGUAUUUUGUCUAUGAAAAUGUCGGGUGGGCUCCGUGGGCGCUUGUUGAAUUUCAUUUGCAUUGGUUUGAGAGUGACUAUGAAUUUUACAGUGGUUUUGAUGAUGAAAUAAUGCACAAAUACUUUGUGUACAGUUUUUGCUUUAUUUUACAAUCAUGUCCAUUUAUAUUCAAGUUCAGUUUUUUUUUUUUUUUUUACCAGCAAGGAAAAGGCAAGUAUGCAGAGUUGUAUUUUUGUAUGUUGUAGUUCUUGCAGAACAGUAACAUAUUUUAACACUGGUUUACGUUUUCUAACAGGUAGUGCUGCUAGCACACACAACACAGACACACUCUUUGACUUUCUCAGGUUCUUGUUAUGGAUGUCCGAACCUUUCGGGCACAGUUUGCACAUCUCUGGGCUACUAACUGACCACAUCACCACUCCUUCAGGUUCUCUUUCAAGCUGUUCCACGAUCAUAUCAUUGAUCACAGUCUACUGUCAUUCCUAUUUAUCAAAUAUAUGUUACUGUAGUCAUUACUGUCUGAAGAUAACUGCCUGUAUCAACUGUUUUUGCCAGCAACUUUUAAUUGCUAGAUGGCGAACACAGUGUAGAUUCAUGUAUAAUUGUCUGCUUGACUAAGCACUGUGUGAAUUUUCUGUUUGAUAGCAGUUCACGUCUGGUGUCAGUGUUUGCGUACAAUGCAAUUAAGGCUCUAAAUAGAAUUAAAAUAAUGACUGUUAAUAGCCUACAUUUCAAUCUCGUAACAUAAAACUGUCCCACUGUUUUGAAACCAUCAUAGCUUGUUCCAUCAUAUAACUCAGAUUACACAUAUGUUCCUGUGUCACAUGUGUUUUUAGCAUAUGGAAAUGGUGACUAUGAACAACACAAUCAUGGCAUUAUAUGUAAUAAUGCAGGCAUUGGUGUUUUAUUAUUGUGUUGCACCAGUUGAAUAAAAAGCGGCUUUUUGUGAA